UGUUAACUGAGACACUUGAAAUUGUAACAACGUCAUUUUUUUCAAAUGCUUGUAAUGUUUCGCAUCAAUAAUGAUGUGUUGUUUAGUAUUUAAACUAUCAUUUUAUAUUUUUAUGAUUUUUGACGUACAUUUGAACUACAAUCUGUUUAUUUCUUACAUGCAACAUUAAACAAUAUGUGCAUCUAUUGUAUCAAAGACAAUAUAGAAACAUCUACUGGCUAAAAGUAAAAAAUUGGCUAUUGAAGAUAACGUUUUAUGAAUGAGAGCGGCCAUUAAAGUGUUGAAAAACAGAUUAUUUAAAUUUUAUGAUGAAAAUCACAUUACACGCACAUUAUAAAUACAAACGAUUGUAAAAUGAUUUCUAAAACUAUAUCUAAAGAUCACAGUAUUUCUUUGAUAUUUCAAAGAGUCGAUUGAACUUAAUUAUAAGUUUCUAAGGAGUUGGUAUCUAAAAAGAAGAUUGAAUUUCUGUUUAUUUCGAUAUUUCUGUUCGUGUCAUAUGUGUGUGUAAAGAACAAACAAAAUGGCAUGCAUGGUUUCAAAAUACUUGAUUAUCCGGGAAGUACUUGCGUUUAUGCAAUUCAUAUUGUAUUUACCAAAAAUGGAUGAAAUGUGCGAAGAUUUUUACCGAACACAAAUACAGGAACUUACUGAAGAAAUAAAUAAUUUAUUAAACAGAAAACAGGAACGCGACCGAGAACUAGUCAAUUAUGUUACCGAAAAAAUGAAAGUAACGCGAUGUUGGAGGGAAGAAUUUGAAUUGAAGCUGGACACAAUUAAUCAAGAAAUUUCAAAACUUCAAUGUGAAGUGGAAAAUAAUAAUAAAUACGAGGAAGAAUCUGCGUUGAAAAUGAACCAAGAAAUCGAAUUGACAAAGUCUUACAUACAAGAUGUCCAGUGCAAAUACGAUGAGGAUGAUUUUGAAAUGAUAUCGUCACAAAACAAGUUUUAUGAAAAAUGUAUCAUGGAUUUACAGGAUAAAGUCAGUAAAGUCGAUGAAAAAGUAGAAAUCGCCCAGAAUCAAGUAGAAGAAUGGGAAUGUAGAGUUGAGAAAGAAUAUUCUUUACUGGCAGAAGGUGAUUCAUCAACGAAGUCAUUGCCAUAGUCAUGUGAGUAUUCAGUUUUAGUCUAAUGAAAUAUUAAAGUGAUUGAUUAAAAGAUACAGCAAAGAAUUUAUUAUAAAUACGUUAAAAACGAAUCUAUUGAAAUGUAUCACAAAUUUAUGAAAAAUU